GAGCAAAUCACAAUAGACCAGAACUAUAUAACCCUCCAUUUCUUCUUUCUCACUCGUGUUAUCUCCCCAUUUAUCUAUCAAGAACUCUCCAAACCCUAAUUAUUUGAACAAAAAUCCCAUCCAAUUUCUUCUUCUAGUUUAUUUUUCUUCAUUUUCUUGAGUAGAACGAACAAAAAUUGAAGAAGAUUUAUUGGGUUUACUCGGUUGAAAUGAUGGGGGGUAACAGAAGGGAAGAAGGGUCUGUGAUGGUGAAAAAUUCCAAUGUAUUUGCGGCGCUGGAUACUUUGAGGAAGAAGAAGAAAUCUGAUAAGGAGAAAAGUAAAGGGUCAUCGAAAAAGGAACAGGAGCCGGAAGUUUUGUGGGCUCCGGCGCCGUUGACGGUGAAAUCUUGGGCAGAUGUUGAUGACGAAGAUGAUGACGAUUACUACGCCACUACUGCUCCUCUUCAGUCUUUUAUGGGUUCUAAUGAAUCUGGAAAAAAACCUGAACCUGUUGAGGAAACAGAAAGUGAGGACGACCUUCUUGAAGAUGAAGAUGUGGAGGAUAAUGACCACGAGUCUGAGGUUGCAGAACAUGCUGAGCCAGUAAGACAAAAGAUAGAAGCUUCACCAGCUCCCAAAGAAGCUGAGAGACAACUAUCGAAGAAAGAGAGAAAGAAAAAGGAGCUUGCUGAAUUGGAGGCACUUUUAGCUGAUUUUGGGGUGGAACAAAAGGAGAACGGUCCGGAAGACCUACCUGAUGUUGCUAACGAGAAGAAAGAGGGUAAGCCAGCAGAAGAUGUAGAAAAGAAAAAUGGUGGGGCCACAGAGCCUAAAAGUGCAAAGAAGAAGAAAAAGAAGGACAAAGCAUCCAAGGGGGUGAAGGAAUCAGAGGAUCAGCCCAACAAUGUAGAUGGCACUACUGGACCCGAGGAAACUGGAGGAGCUGGACCAGUAGAAGAUGUGUCAACAGUGGAUAUGAAGGAGAGGCUGAAAAGGGUGGCUUCGGCAAAGAAAAAGAAAUCCGGGAAAGAGACAGAUGCUGCUGCAAGAGCAGCUGCAAUAGAGGCUGCUGCACGGAAUUCCAAGCUUGCUGCUGCAAAGAAGAAAGAGAAGAGCCAUUACAACCAGCAGCCUACGCGAUAAAUUCUACCACAGCUUGGAAUGAUUAGCAUCAAUGGUCCGAGUUCCAAACAGUUUGGUACACAAAAUCGUGUUUUGGAUGAUGUAGAAUAAGAUUAGGGCUCUAGGUUCGGUCGUUGGGACACAAAAAAACUAUGGACUAGUUCUCGGAGCUUGUCUUAAAAUAGUAAAGAAAAAUGAGGAAAAAAGUGACUGGCUGGACAAUUUUACUGUAUGAGAAUGGUAUUUGGAGAUGUAGAGAGUAGCUUAUGUGUAAAAGUUGCAUAUUGGUGCUAGUACCUGUUGAACUAAGGUUUUUUGGUGAACGAGAAUGUUAUUUGCUACUUUAUUGAAUAUUGGAACUAUUGUGUUCUUAGAA